AUUCUCCGGUAUAACCAAUUAAUUAAUAAAUUUUUGCCGAAGGACCUCAUAGUAUAACUUAUCACGCUCACCAUUCAAAUAUCAUUAAAAUCAUUUGGCCCCAAAAAAACACAACACUUCCAGAGAGACAGGGGCCCCGAUGGAUGCCCACCACCACAACCGCCGCUGCCGCCUCAGCGACGUCGCCGGCAACAAAUGGAUGGCGGCAAUAGCAAGCAUAUGGAUCCAGUGCAGCUGCGGCGCAUCGUACGCCUUCGGAAUAUACUCGCCAAUCCUAAAAUCAAGCCAAGGCUACGACCAAGCCACAUUAGACACCGUCUCCGUCUUCAAGGACAUCGGAGCCAACGCCGGGAUCAUUUCCGGCAUGCUUUACUCCGCCGUCGUAUCCAAAACGACGACGACGGCCCGCAGCCACUACCGGUGGUUCCGGCAGCCGUGGGUGGUUCAUUUGGUCGGAACAAUCCAAUGCUUCGUGGGGUAUUUCAUGAUGUGGGUUUCGGUGACCGGAAUUAUUGACCGGCCGCCGGUCGGAAUGAUGUGCUUGUUUAUGUUCUUGGGCGCUCAUGCCCAGACUUUCUUCAACACCGCCAACGUUGUAACGGCGGUGCAUAAUUUCCGGGAUUAUAGCGGCACAAUUGUUGGCAUCAUGAAGGGAUUUCUGGGUUUGAGUGGUGCUGUACUGAUACAAUUUUACAACAGUUCAUUUCAAGGUCAUCCCAGCACUUUCUUAUUGAUACUUGCAUUGCUGCCAACUCUGGUUACCCUGACAGUAAUGUGGUUAGUCAGAUUUGAUACAGCAUACACCAAAGAUGAGGAAAAACACUUGAACAGUUUCUCCAUAGUUUCUCUCUUAAUUGCUGGUUAUCUCAUGAUCCUAAUUAUCUUGGAGAACACAGUCAGUUUGCCACUGUGGUCAAGAAUCAUCGCGUUUUCUGUUCUUCUUGUUCUGCUUUCUUCACCCCUUCAAGUUGCUAUUAGAGCUAAAGAUGAGCAGUUAACUAAUCUAGAAGAAUGCUCGUCCUCUCGAGCGCCUUUAAUGGACGAAAAUGAGGUAACAAAGCAGGAAAGAGUGACAUCUCAUGAUGACAUUAAUGAAGAACAAGUUAAAUCCAGCUCGGAUGACUUGAUUGAUGAUGAAGCCAGAGAAGAUGCAGAGCAGUUGAAUUUGCUUCAGGCAAUGGGUACAUUGAACUUCUGGUUGCUGUCUCUUGCAAUGUUAUGUGGAAUGGGAUCAGGACUCGCCACGAUAAAUAACAUCAGCCAAAUUGGACAAUCCUUGGGUUACACAUCAAUUGAACGAAGUACAUUGGUUUCCCUAUGGAGUAUCUGGAAUUUCCUAGGCCGGUUCGGGGCUGGAUACGUAUCAGACCUUUUCCUACAUAGAAAAGCUUGGGGAAGACCUUUGCUUAUGGCACUUACUCUCGCAGCCAUGACUGCUGGACACGUUAUCAUAGCCUCUGGUUUUUCAGGUAAUUUAUACAUCGGCUCUGUGAUUGUCGGAGUGUGUUAUGGUUCACAGUGGUCCUUGAUGCCUACAAUAACUUCAGAGAUAUUUGGUUUGAGGCAUAUGGGCACGAUAUUCAACACCAUCGCCGUGGCUAGUCCUAUUGGAUCCUACAUUCUUUCUGUAAGAGUUAUCGGCUAUAUUUAUGAUAAACACGCAUCUUCGGGUGGCGAUGGUAAUUUGUGCUACGGCAAGUACUGCUUCAUGUUGUCAUUCUUCAUCUUGGCAUCUGUCAGUUUGCUAGGAUUUCUAGUUGCUCUGGCACUUUUCUUCAGGACAAGAAGGUUUUAUUCUCAGCUUCUUUUGAGAUGGUUAAGGCACACUGCAUCCCCAUGAAAACCGAUACUUCUUUUCAGUCUUCUCAUCAUGGUUUGUUACAAGUACUUUCAGCUGAUCAGCUCUAAGCAGCUAAUGGUACUGCAAGCUUCAAUCUGGCCACUGAAUCGGCUGUCCUCGGCUUUUUUCAGAGUAGCUGAGUUUCAAUCAUUCUGCACAGUUAUAAAUUUUUAAUCAUUCUGCACAGUUUUUCUUUCCAAUUUAUUCAACUUUGUUGUAUGAUAAUCUUUGUUUUUCCUUUUUUGAGGUAUUACGUAUAUAAUUGUGAAGAUUUUGGAAGUUACAAUCAUAGACUUAAAGUUGAUACGCAUAUUAUAUGAUGAUCAAGCUCCAAAUUGGGUUUGAAAUCUCUAUGAGUUUGAUGAAUGCAUAUGAUUCAGCAAUCUUCCACGUUUUUGCAGUUGUUACCCUUAGCUUACAAGUCAAUAUUUUGGUCCCAAUUUAUGGACUUGUUG